GGCGGUAAGGGCGGCUCCGUGCCGUACGUGACGUCACCGCGCCGCUGUCAGAGAGGCAGAGACCCGCCCAGGCAGCCGCCUCUCUUCCUUCGAGUGUGGGCGGCAGUGGCGGAGCCCGGGCUGCGGGCACAGUGGGAAGGUGUGCGGGGCACCUAUGUGACGCAACGCGGCGAUCCCGGAGUCACACCGUUGCCACCUGUGUCUGAAGCGUUCUCUCCUCCCGGGCCAGGGAGCAUCGCUGGUAACCGCGGCCCCUGCUGCGAGGGCAGCCAUGGACGAGCAGGCGGGGCCCGGCGUCUUCUUCAACAACAAUAACAAUUCGUUACUGUCUGCCGCCGCUGGUGGGGCCGGAGGGACCGGAGCUGGCGAUGCGGCCUCGGCGGCAGCGGGCUCCGGUGGAGGCACCGGGACGGCCGGAAGGGCCCAGUACAGCAUCCCAGGGAUCCUGCACUUCCUGCAGCACGAGUGGGCGCGCUUCGAGGUGGAGAGAGCGCAAUGGGAGGUGGAGCGGGCCGAGCUGCAGGCCCAGAUAGCCUUCCUUCAAGGUGAAAGGAAAGGACAGGAGAAUUUAAAGAAGGAUCUAGUCAGAAGAAUAAAGAUGUUGGAAUAUGCUUUAAAACAAGAAAGGGCAAAAUAUCACAAGCUGAAGUAUGGAACAGAGUUAAAUCAAGGAGAUAUGAAGCCACCAAAUUAUGAUUCUGAUGAAACAAAUGAGAUGGAUAUCCAGCCACCAGCGCCACAGAACAGCCAGUUUAUGUGGAAACAGAGCCGACAGUUACUAAGGCAGUAUCUGCAAGAGGUCGGUUAUACAGACACAAUACUGGAAGUGAAAUCCAAGCGGGUGCGUGCCUUGCUAGGCCUUUCUGCAGAUUCUUCAGACAGGCUCACAGACACGAAUCAGGACUCCAUGGUAAAUGGCACAGAGACUGAGCUUCCCAAUCCACUGGUUAUCGGGAAACCUGACAUGACUGACUCAGCCUCUGUACUGGAAACAUUUAAAUUUCUGGAAAAUGCUGCUGCAGAGUUCAGUGAUGAAGAGGAUGAUGAAGAAAAUGACAGCAGAGACAAGACUAUAAUAGAUGCUGCAACGAUUGUGAGAAGAAGAGUACUGCCUGAACCCAAUGAAGACAGAGACACUGAAGAGGCUUUGAAAGAGUUUGACUUUUUGGUUUCCGAUGACAGUGAUGGCGGAGAAUCUAGAAGUGCUGGUGAUGGCACAGAGUGGGAAAAGGAAGACCAGUGUCCCAUACCGGAAUCCUGGAAUGUCGAUCAGGGAGUAAUAACCAAACUCAAGGAACAAUACAAAAAGGAGCGCAAGGGGAAAAAAGGGGUGAAGAGAAAAACUUCAGAAGAAAUGUCUCAGCCUGUGUCCCACAUAAAACAAUCAAAACAGGGAUGUGGGAGCAUGUUGGAGAAAAGCUCAGGGCCAAACAGAUCAAAGCUCCAGGAUAUGCUGGCAAACCUUCGAGACGUUGAUGAACUUCCAUCAUUACAGCCCUCUGUUGUGUCAUCUUCAAGACCCGCAAGCUCACGACUUAGCGAGCAGGAAAUAAAUCGGACAGAUGAAGUUGAAGCUUUAACGUUCCCACCAUCUUCUGGAAAGUCUUUCAUAAUGGGAGCCGAUGAAGCAUUAGAAAAUGAGCUUGGACUCGGAGAGUUGGCAGGUCUUACAGUUGCCAAUGAGGCGGACUCCUUGACUUAUGAUAUUGCUAACAAUAAGGAUGCGCUUAGGAAAACAUGGAAUCCUAAAUUCACUCUUCGAAGUCACUUUGAUGGAAUUCGGGGACUUGCGUUCCACCCAACAGAGCCAGUCCUUAUAACUGCUUCAGAAGAUCAUACAUUAAAGAUGUGGAAUCUACAAAAGACUGCCCCAGCAAAAAAAAGCACAUCUCUUGAUGUUGAACCAAUUUAUACAUUCAGAGCUCACAGGGGCCCGGUUUUGUGUGUAGUAAUGAGCAGUACUGGGGAGCAGUGUUACAGCGGUGGAACAGAUGGUGUUAUCCAGAGCUGGAAUACACCAAACCCCAAUGUGGAUCCAUAUGAUUCUUAUGAUCCUUCUGUACUGCGAGUACCAUUUGAAGGCCACACUGAUGCUGUGUGGGGCUUGGUGUACAGUGCGGCUCAUCAGCGUUUGUUGUCCGCCUCAGCAGAUGGCACAAUAAGAGUAUGGAAUGCAUUAGAAGCCUCCCCUGCAUUAAGUAUAUUUAAUGACAGCCAAGAAUUAGGAAUACCCUCUUCUGUGGAUCUAGUAAGCUGUGACCCUGCCCAUAUGGUUGCAUCUUUUAACAGUGGACACACAAGUAUCUUCAAUAUGGAGACACGGCAGAAAGUUCUAACAUUAGAGUCGUGCAUAGAUACAGCUGUUCAUUCCAGCUGCCAGAUAAACAGAGUAAUUAGCCAUCCAACGCUUCCAAUCAGCAUCACUGCUCAUGAAGAUCGUCAUAUCAAGUUUUAUGACAACAAUACAGGAAAACUGAUCCAUUCAAUGGUUGCUCAUUUAGAUGCUGUAACAAGUUUAGCUGUUGAUCCUAAUGGGUUGUACCUGAUGUCUGGCAGUCACGACUGUUCAAUACGCCUAUGGAACUUGGAAAGCAAGACCUGCAUACAGGAAUUCACAGCUCACCGCAAGAAGUCUGACGAGUCUAUUCACGAUGUGGCAUUCCACCCGUCUAAAUGCUACAUAGCCAGUGCGGGCGCCGAUGCCCUUGCCAAAGUUUUUGUAUGACACCAUGCUUACCACCUGUAGCUUUUAAUUUACCAAGCAGCCACAUAAGAGAGACCUGCUACUAAUGCCCGAAGAUUUGAUUUAUCUGGCCUUUCUUUUCUUCUUGUGUUCAAUAAUCAGGAUAAGAUGCAAAAACAAUGUUGUGGGUUUAGUUUUGUUGGGUGCUGUUUUCUAAACUAAUGGUUUGUUCAGGGUGCUGUGAACUCGACUGGCACUUGGAGCCAGGAUUCUGUCUUUCAAAUGACCUCUGAGCUACAGUAGCAGCAUUUUGUUUUUAAGAGUGCACAUUUGACCAGGCAGGCCUGGAUCAAACUAGUUUCCAGCUUCCAGCAUACUUUGAGGUUGUGGCAAUUGGGACAAUGUAAAAAAAAAAAAAAGCUGGCCAGUAAAUGGCAAAUAACUACAAUAUAGGAAACACAAUGGGAAAGUACUUCACUGCUCCCCUUUCGUUCUUAGAGCUCUAGCAAGCACGUGUGGUGGAAAACAUGGACCUAUUAAUGACCCAGUUCUCGUUUGUGCAUCUAUCUCCUUGUAGAGCUGACUGUUGAGGAAGGAAGCAUUUUCCCAUCCGGUGGGCUGCUAGUAACAAGUCAAAUCAGUGUAAAAAUAAAGAACACAUUUUAUAUUUUAAUUGUUUUGUUUAGUAUACAGUGCUUUGUGUUCUUUUGAAUGUACUUCUAGGUAAAAUACCAAAAUAAAUUUCUAAAAGGGUAAAAUGUGUUGAAUAUGUCAAAUGUCAGUUCUGAACUUCACCUACAUUAAAUGGCACCAUUAGGUAAUUUAUUUAUUUUUUAUAUAAAAAAAAAAAAAUCAAAAUACAUAUUCAGCAAAUACAUUAGUAGCUUUUAACAGUUUUAAUGAAUGAUUAACUUAGUAAAUAUUUUCAGACCUUUUCAUCAAUAUUGAUGGUAUAAUAGGUUUAGUGAGUCAGUAAAUUGAGCCAUAAAUUUGCCAAAAGCACUGUUUGCUAGAGGGUGAAAUGCUGCCAUCGGAAUAACCAGAGCUGCACUGUAGGCAUUAUUUUCCCUAGAAAUUCCAACGUGCACAGAUAUUUUAUUGUCAUGCAAAAGUAUAAUCCUGCACUUGUACUGUGAGCCUAAGCACAUGUGCAUUUCUUCCUAUAUGUUUGGAUUUGGAUGAAUGGGUAUUUAUAAUCUCACCUAAUGACCUAGUUGGAUCAACGGAUAUUUGCAUCAGAUAGCAAUGAUGCAAGAUUUGCUUUCCAGCGCAAUGCAUUAGGGCUGUGUAACUGAGAUGGAAUUGGUUGUUGCAUUAAAAUGAUUCCUAGUAAUGUCUUCAUAUCCUAGGUUAUGGUAUUAUAACAUAAAUAGUAUCCCUGUGCCUUUUUUUUUUCUUAUCUUCUUAAUAAAGGCACAUCUUUUUUUUUUUUUUUUUUCAUUUCAAGGAAUGUUUUUAUCAACUUAAACAUUUUUGUAAACCUACACAUAGUUAUUAAUUAGCUCUAAAGCUAUCGACACAUAGACAUGCCUUGUAGUUGGGAAUAAUUAGAAUAUUGAAAUAUCUCUUAACAUGGCUAUACACGUUAAGAUUAACUGAACAACUAUCUAACUAGUUGGUUUGUUGGAAUCAAGAAACAAUGGAUGGGAGCAAAGGACAAUCGACCAUUUGCUCCCAAAUGCCGGAAAAUGGACAAAAUCAGUCAUUCAAAUUGGUUAAAUCAAUUUUGUCUAUUUUUCCUUCCAAACAGUCAAGCGGUUGGGGCUCAUAAUCUUACUGUGUAUGGCCAGAUUAAGUUAUGCACAGUUGUGUUUAUGAUGGUUCAGUUGCAAUCACUCUUUACUUUUCUUAUUUCUUAUUUUGUAAUUUUAAUCUUUUUACAAAAGCAUAUUUGAAAUAAUGAAAGCAGUGACUUUCACUUUUUUUUUUUUUUUUUUAAUUGGUGCUUCUUUCAUUGGUAGGGAUGUCCAAAAUAUCCCUUGAAAUUGCUGUAAUAACUGUUGAUGCUAAAUGCUCCAUUUCCUCCACCGCUGGCUGUAUUGUUUUAAAUAUUUUUGUGUCCCUUUACUACAGAAAUGCACAUGGACUUAAAUAUUACCAGAAACACUGAUCCUUGGUGGUUGCUACGAUUUGCUGAAAGAUUGGGAAAAAAUGUUGCCUUUGAAAGUGAUAUUUGUGCUUAGUUACAUUUAAUAGGCUACAAAUCAUAGCAAACAAAUAUGAAAUGCCACUAAAUUAACAGAAAAUUAUUAUUUUUUUUGUUUCCAGUUUGUUUAAGAAGUACAAUUGUGGAUUUUUACUUAAACAUUGUUUAAACAUUGAAAUUGUGAAUUAUUUGUGUAUCUGAUUUUUUUUUUUUUCUUACUUUCUUUUUAGACUAAUUGCAAAGAUUUAUUUGGAAAUGCUAAAAAGCUAUGUAUAUUAUAUAUAAAUAUAUAUAUAUAUUGUAAACAUAUAUUAAAUGUGUCUAGUAUGGGAUGACUCCAGGGGUGAGUUUUAAUAUUUUGUAUUGAAUUCUAAAUGUACACAAAAGAUAAUGGUAUGGGUAUGACAUUAUUUUACUGUUACAUACUAUAUACAGCUACAGCUGUUGCAAUUGAUGUACAUACAUCUUAAGUUGGCAUGCUUGUUUUACUGACUGUAAUAUUUAGUUGAUUAAAAUCUGAAUGUAAGUAAAAAAAAAAAAUGGCUAUUUAAACUCAUGCAAGGAAAAUAUACCACGUCAGUCUGUUGUAGUGUAAUUAGAGGAGUGAUCGAAGAGAAUGGUAAAUACCUUUUUAUUUAAAUUUUUUAAAAAAAAGUCCUUGGUAAACUGAUCAGUUUGCACCAAUCUUCCGUUAAAUUCCAGUGUCUAGAAGACUAAAAAUGAACACAAACUUUGUGAAGACAUCAUUCUACAGCUUAAAUGGAGAAACUUUUUUUUUUUGUCCUGGCUACCCUAUUAUUAUUUUUUUUUAUUUUUUUUUUGUAUUGCUCUCUAGUUAUAAAUUAAAAACAAAUCCUAGUGAUGUAAUGGCAAACAUUUAAUUGAACAAGGAAAUGCAUAUUUUUACAUAUGUUUCAAUUUCAAAACAUGCAGUAUGUUUCAUCGUACCAUUAUUUUGCCUCUGUACAUAGACAACACAAUAUAUUUGGACUGUAGAAAAUUUUACAAUCUACAGCGUGGAAUCAAACCAUGACAUUUUUGUUUCGUACAUCCUUUGAAUUUCUGAUUAUUGGUGAUGUGAAUUGAAAUAAACAUGGAUGAGUGCUGGGUAAAGUUUA